AUGGACGCUGGCGCCUUAAGAACGGUUCACAAUCAGACGGGCACGGUAGUCCUUAACGUCUCAGGCCAAGUCCUCUCAGCUACUGGAGAUCUCUGUGGCACCUCUGGAGAGAUUGUAGCUGAGACCAUCUACUCGAUGUUGCAAGACGCGAGUUGUGUGCUGGACACGAGUCAGAAGGAGGAGCUGCAGCGCAUGAUAAUCAACUUCCCGACGUACGACUUUGUGGUGACGCUGGAUGACGAACAGGUCUAUGUGGUCAAGCGCAAUGCGAGUGGGGAAUAA